AUGACGUCCCUGACUUCAGGGUGCUGGCCUGUGGAGGGGGAUGGCACUGUGGGCUGGAUCUUGGACUGCAUAGACAAGGCCAACUUUGCCAGGUAUCCCCCGGUGGCCAUUCUGCCCCUGGGCACGGGGAACGACCUUGCCCGAUGCCUCCGCUGGGGAGGAGGCUACGAGGGGGGCAGCAUGCUGAAGCCCCUGCGGGACAUCGAGCACAGCAUCGAGUUGAUGCUGGACCGCUGGAACAUCGACAUCAUCGCCGAAGACAAGGAGGAGAAGGGCGACCCAGUCCCCUACAGCAUCGUCAACAACUACUUCUCCAUAGGAGUGGUAAGUAAGGAAUGCCUCACAGGCACCCCGGGCCAGACAUGCCACCCGCAGUGCCCUUUCCAUGCUCGCAAAGUAAGUGUUUUUACAGAGGCCACUUGAAAACAACCAGCGUGAUGUACGGCGCGGUAUAAACCAAACUAACACAACCGUUCACAACAUCAAAUAAAACCACAGACAGGCCAUAGAAAAAAAACACAGUAGAUGAAAGACAUUCCAUGCUCAGAAUCUCAAGCUGAUUGAAACACAGGAGAGAUGAACAGGUUUACAGACGUAUUUAGAGGUGUCCAUAGAAGGAGCAGACCUGACAUGAAAGGGCAGACUUUUCCACAGCUUAAUGGCUUUACAACCCAAACAAACUGAACUGAGGUGAUCCCCCAGUGAGGACACCUCCUAAAAACGUUAAGAAGUAGGCUUUAACUCUGUGCAAAGUGCAGAGUGAUGACAUUGCAGUUUGAUCAGGUAACAGCUAGAUGCCUGGUGAAUGGCGCCUAUGAGGGAUGCGUUCCCAUUUAAAUGGCCUGUGUAAUGAGCUACAUCAAUUUUCUGUUAGGUCUCCCCUGCGUCACUCUGACGUAUAAAGACUUCAACCGGUUUAAUUAAUUAUUCUGGGGCUCGUAAAUAUCCAAUAUCCAAAAAGUUGUAUCAAUAGAUACAGCUUUUAUGGAGUAUGAGAAGCAACAAUCAGUACGUUUACAUGACAUUCAAUAAAGUCAAAUUAUUGGCUUAGUCCAACUAUGAUUGGAUUAUUAAGAUGCAUGUAUACACCUUAGUCAGACUAUAUUCGAAUCGAAUCGAGUUACUCAUACUCGA